GCUUCCUCCAGUUCAUGAUAGCAAAACAGCCUCUGGUUCUUUCCAUUUUCACCGUACUUCUACAAUAUACAUAUACUACUGUAACCCCGGGGAACUUAAAUAAACCUUGUAAUACACGUUUUCCCUCCGUCCUCUUUUCGUGAAUUUAUCUUCUUCCUACUCAUUUCAUCCUUUUUUGUUAUGAGCUCCUUCGCGACGAACACGUACCUUUCAACUGAACAACGAUGCGCCUACCUGCUUGAUUCGAAUCUUGUUGCCGUCGUCGCUCGCCGUGAUUAUGGAUCGCAAUCCACCGAACUCUCCGAGAGUUCCGGCUACGAAGGCUAACGGAAACAUCAACGGUAAUGGUAACAGUAACGGGUUGGGUAUCGGUCGCGGUGGUAGAAACACGACACAACCCUUCAGCUCCCGACGAAUACCUCAGAAAAGUCCUAGCAAACCUGAUUCGAAAGACAACAUCACAUCCGACACAGAUACUAGUCCUAAUACUGGCUCACGACACCCCUUAUAUUCGAGCCCGAAAUACAUUCCUCAUAGCCACGGCUUCAGCGCAUCAGCUAAUAAAAUUUCCGAGUCACCGCGCGAAACGCGAAUACCUCAACCUAAGACCACAGCAGCUAUUGCAUCAUCUUUCGAUCGACAGAAUAGCCCAAUAAACAACCAAAGAAACAAGCAGAGACAUCCCCAGACCCAAUCUCUGGAUAUGCGACAGCCUUUGAACCUUAAGUCCGCCUUCGAGCUAGCUCGGCAGCAAGAGGCGGAUGACACUCUCGACGAUACCAUUAGUAUUAAGCAUGCCUUCAAUAUGGCUAGCGCUGAGAUGAACGGGCGCAUAGACGGUUCCCCUAGUCCCGCUCCACGGCGCUUGCAGUCGAGACAGUCGUACAGCGCAGCUCCCCAGAGAACUUUGACGACUGGUACGAAUAACGAUCUUGGACGUCAUCUUCAGCAAUUCGAUCGAAACCACCAGCUUAGUGCAGGCAAUGGACCACUUAAUGGCUUAUUCGGUAGGAACAGAAUUGGGCCUAAGGUGUCGGAAACCGGCAACGUCCUUGCUAAGACGACUAGCGACAACGACCUGAGAGGUUCCCCGGUGCGUCGCAGGGACAGUCAGCAGAAUGCCAUCUCAAGAGCGGAUGAACAUGCCGAAGCUGUUAUACCUAUUCCAUCUAUCGAGCACCAACCAGCCAACAAUGAUCGAAGCGACAGGGCUUCUUCGACUAAGAGACCGGCGAAUCCGUCACCCGAGAAGAGCUUUAACUGGGAACUCGACGCCGACUUUACAGCUGGUGAUCUCCAGAUUUCCGAAAGUCCCCGGAUACGAACCGAUCAAUCCAACGGAAGGUCUCGACGGACAUCAAGUAUUACAUCUACGGCUAAUGGCACGGCAAAUUCACGCCGCAGCAACAAUAGGAUUGACGAGAUUCGCCAGAAAGAAAUUGAAGCUGCGAAUGCUGUCUUGCCGGAAGAAGAUGCAUCAUCGUUCAGGCGAUCGAAUAGCCGACUUGAUGAGAUACGAGUGCGAGAGAUGGACGCGUUAUCUAAGCGAGCAGUGGCUACGAGCAGGCUCGACGAGAUACGAGUUAGAAACUCUGAGGCGCGAGAGGAGUCGCCGGAAACUGGGCGAACCUCUAACAGGGAAGAACCACGAGGUGGUUCACUCCAACUUAGUAACGAACAUGCGAAACCCCCGGAGAAUCAGCUGGGAUUGAAGGCAGAGGAAGAACAAGUCGUAGAUACCCCCGCCAUUGUACCUCGAAGCACAAGUGAACAGAAACCUAACGAGCCACCUAAAGAGAGGGCAAAUGCUUCUAAGACCGAAUACGACAGAAAUGACAGCCAACUAUCGCGAAAUGAUUCACAAGACUUACUCCGCCGUCUUGCGCGGGCAACCAGCGCUAGUCCUCCCUCUGAGAAAACCGAACCAAGAGUUAUUUCGGAUACCCUACCACCGAAAGAAAGGUCUGAUAGCAGAGAGAAUAGUCGUUCACGUUCAGCUCGGGAGGAAAGGAAAUCUAGGAACCUAGAGGUUAAGAACCUGGAGGUUAAGAGCUCUAGAGAAAGACCGACGGUUGGAUUUGCUGGUUUACGAUCAACUUCGUCUAGCGAUUCUAUUCGAGAAAAGGGGAGCAGCUUGCAUGGCUCGGAAAUGGAUCCGUUGGAUCGUAUUGAAGCUGAGUUGAGACUUUUUGCCCCCCUUGACAACUACUCCGAGAAGGGAUCUGUUCGAGCGCCAUCUCCUGUUCCGUCGGAGCCGGCUGAAGAGGAGACGCCCCGAGUAAGCAAAGUUGACCCCUUGACUCAACCAACACCACGUGUCACCGGGGCAUAUGUUGAGACGCCGGCUACCGUUCGUGUCAAGCAAGAGAAUCAUGUAGAUGAGGAAAAGGUGUCAGAUGCCCCUAGCCGCACCCUGGAUCCAAUUUCGAAGCCGCGCAACAGAGAUUCUAGCCAGCCGUCAAAUAACGAAAGCGUUAAGCAUGAGGACGAUGAUAUUACAACUCUGAGAAGAACAUCGGUGCCACGAUCCUCUUCGGUGCCCACAGCUUCGCGUCGCGCUAGAUCUGUUUCUAGACGCCGUCAGCCUCUGCGCCCUAUAAUCAAUACAGCCAAACCUCCGACGGUAAAGGAUGACAUUCGUGCUAUUCUACGCAUGAACCAGAUUGACGAUUCAACCCUCGAAGACUUUGAUUCCAUUCUUGCCAACCAGGAUAUUGAUGACGAAGAACUUCAGCAAAUGAUGGAUGACACCAUCGACAAGAUCGACAAGGAUCCUCAGCUGCCAGAUCUCUCGGAGCGGGAUUGUGAACUUCAGAUCUAUGAUAGAAUGAGCAAGUCACUGAGGACGGGUCUCCUGGGAAUUCAGUCCGCAAAGAAGGGGAUUGAACGUUUAGAAGACAGGGUUAUGCAUACCGAGCUCAAAGCAGAACAGACUCAUACGGACCAAAAUACCUCCCAGGAGAAAUCGAAAAUACAUAUACCCGUCAGUUCAAGCAGCUCUGCUCCCGUCAUGCUCACACUUCCUGCUCUAUACCGAAGAGAUCCCAAACUCAGGCCAACAAAGUUCGGUAUGCUAGCUAUCGCAAUGCUCAUAUGGUACACUCUAGAGUCGAUCUUCUGUGUGCUUUACGUACCUCAGUAUAAUUGUACACCGGAAAUACCCUGCGACUGGUCACCGAAUGAGCCGUAUUUUCCGUACGCUAUGCCAUUCAUGCUAGAUGAGUGGGCUACCGGAGGAAAGGGGAGAGCCCUAACAUGGAAGGUCGGCGAAGAGAUAGGAGACAUCUACGCCGAGGUCUCAGACUGGGUGACGAAGAGAGAUUUUACCCAGUUGGAUGAGAAGUUUAUGAACGUCUGGGAGCGCAAGCGACAUCGGAGACGAUUACGGAAGCGCGGCCUGGUUCCAAAAUGGGUGGCGCCUCCGGAUUACAAACCCAGAUUUCCGCAAUGGAAUGCAGCGCGCUUAGCUAUGGAAGCUACCGAAGAAGGCGACUAUGACGCGGAGGACGAGACCAUGGAGGCGGACGAGAGGCUUAGGUGAAACAACAUGCCAACAGUCAUAGCAAACCUUUAGAUCUCACGAUCUGCUGUGGGGAAACUGCCCUGUAUACUAUUUCCAGUCAGUAUCUAUGCUAUUGGCUGUUCAUAAUACCAUAGGCUAUACGGGAUGCGAUUUUGCAUGUGCUAAAGGUGGGACACAACUGGCGUUCUUUGGCUUCGGCUUUGCAGUUUUUCGUCAAAACGGCUUCAAAGGGCACGGAGUACUUCACGGUCAAACCAGCUUACGACGUCUAUGUGUAGGCUAAGGCCACAAUAUUGAAAUGGAAAUCGAUUUGAUGGCAUUUCGCGAUGCACUGUUUACAUGAACUCAAGUGCUAAGCCUUACUAUUCCUAAUUAUCUGC